UCUGCACAAAGAGCCCACACAUGUACUGGAAAUUUCCCAGGAUGUCUUUCUGUCACAAAGGUGGCUACCGCUGCGACACCCUGCACGUCACCCACCUUAAUUAACCAAUCGGCGUUGAUCUUUGCGGCUCCUUGUUCACGCUGAAUAUAUUCACUGUAGAAGGCAGGGCUUGCGUCUGUAGGCGGGCGGAUGGAUGCAAUUAAGCAACAGCAACAAAUUGAUCAGAUUGGAUCAUUGGUUUAUCGGAAAGUAAAAAGUGUGCAGGUGAAACAGCCGGAGGACAGAGAGCAGGCAAGGUGAUGCUUCAGCACGCUGGACAGCUCCGCUCUGUAACAGGAUUCCUGCAGGUUUCUUCAGCUCACUGUCAGUAGAAAGAUAAGAAUCGUUUCCAGCUAAUUCAAGGUUGAUCUGGAUCUGUUGUCAUAGCAACAAGUGCUUAAGCGCAAACCUGCUGUUCACAGCUGCAUCAUGACCAUGACUUGUCAAGGAUGACAGGAAACUUGUCUCUGUGGGUUUCCACACCUGCAUAUCCUCCACAGAAUGGCUGCGUCUUCUCUCUACUGAACUCUUCUGCUCCACCGUCUCCUCCGCCCUGGGAGGCUCCAUCCUUCACUGUAGCCGCCCGCUGCCGUGUAGCUGCCACCCUAGUGCUGUUUGUUUUUGCAGCCGUCAGCAACCUGUCAGUCCUGGUCAGUGUGUGCUGGGGACGGGGUUAUCGCCUGGCAGCACACCUGCGCCCGCUCAUUGCCAGCUUGGCAUCAGCUGAUCUGGUGAUGACGUUUGUGGUGAUGCCACUGGAUGCCAUUUGGAACAUUACAGUGCAGUGGUAUGCUGGGGACAUCAUGUGUAAACUGCUUUGCUUCCUUAAGCUCUUUGCCAUGCACUCAGCAGCAUUCAUACUGGUGGUGGUGAGCCUGGACCGCUAUCGUGCCAUCCUUCACCCUCUGGAUUCACUGGAUGCUGGCCUCAGGAACAAACGCAUGCUGCUGGUGGCCUGGACUCUGAGUCUGCUGCUGGCAUCUCCACAGCUGUUCAUCUUUCGGGCCAUUAAAGCUGAUGGAGUGGACUUCACUCAGUGUGUGACCCAUGGAAGUUUCCAGCAUCGCUGGCAGGAGACGGCAUACAACAUGUUUCACUUUGUGACGCUGUAUGUCUUCCCCCUGCUUGUCAUGACUUUCUGCUAUACUCGCAUCCUCACCAAGAUCAAUGGGCAGAUGCACAAGAGCAAAGAUGGUGAGCACUGCCUGAGACGUAGUGGAACAGAUAUGAUACCCAAAGCACGGAUGAAGACCCUCAAGAUGACCAUUGUGAUUGUUAGCUCCUUUGUCAUCUGCUGGACACCCUACUACCUCCUAGGGAUCUGGUACUGGUUCCAACCAGCCAUGAUCCAGAACACCCCAGAAUAUGUGCACCACAUACUCUUUGUCUUUGGCAACCUGAACACAUGCUGCGACCCAGUCAUCUACGGCUUCUACACACCUUCUUUCCGAGCUGACCUCACUGAUGUGGUGGCGUGCUGCUGUGGUCGCCAAACCAGCAACGCCUCGCCUCGCUCUGUUGAUCGUCUGUCAGGUCGGAGUGCAGGGGCUGCGGGGGAGAUGGAGUCUGAUCUGAGCUCAAACCAGCACAGUGGGAACCCAGGAUAGACAGCGGAUGAUCUGACUCUUGUUACCAUACACCCAAUGUCCUUAACACAGGUGUUUGAUGCUCAAGGGAAUCUAUGAGUACAACUUGACUUUGGCUUUUCUUGCCCUUUAGAACUACAGUUUUCCCAAAGGUUGAUGCUCAGAAACAUUCUGAACACAGCAAAACAAAAAGAAAAUACAAGCAGAGGGCAGGGUCUCUGCAGAUACAGACACUGCUACAG